AUGCAUAACGAGAUCAUAGAACUCACCGACUCUGAUUCUGAUUCUGAUGCUCGCCUGGUGAAACAGGAGCCAGAUUCAACAUCGCACCUCAAUCCGAAGGUAGCCACCCUCAAGGCAAACCUGACAGCCAAAACCAAGCUCGCCGCGGAACAGGGCAAGGAGUUAACUAAACUCCGUGAGGAAAACAAGCAGCUCAAGAACGAACAAAACCUUCAGACCGCUGAGAUUGCAGGGCUUCAAGACGAGUUGAAGAAUAUCUUGCGUCAGCUAGAUGAACAAACAGUUAAAAAUCUUAAUUUCAACAUGAUUAAGCUCACGGAUUCGAAGUUCAAUGCUGUACGGCCAAAUGGGACGGUCGCCAGAGCUACAGGCCAUCAUGAUGUUGACCAAGACAUGUCCGACAGCUUCGCAUCAAACCUUCUGAUGCCCGAACAUCCUCCAGACACAGCGCCAUCACAGCCCUCAAAUUCAAUCGCCUCUAGAUCUAGUCUGACCGUGACACCAGAGCCUGUCCGAGUCGAUACGACAAUCGAAGUGGUUAUCAAGUCAGAAAAUGAACCAGAUCUGAUUGAAAGGUUGACGUUCGUCAAGGGCGAAGAUGGCAAAGCCUAUAUCUGGAAUCUCGACAACCUUGGUCUCGGACCUCCAGUUAUGGUCGAAGAGCGCUUCCGCAUCGGAUUUAGGCGCUCCGUGAUCAGCGACGCCCUUGGUGGGGGUUACCAAACCACGUCGAACAACUGGCAAGGUCCUACAAAAACGGAUAAAUACCCCUACUUGGCCAUGACGCGAUCCUAUAAUCCACACCUCCCACUCGUUCCAGGCGGACACGGUGUCGUGUUUUGUGAAGUGAAAGCCCUGAAGAAAGUGUGGGGAGGGAGUUGGGUCGAAAGAACGAAUGCCGGACUCGUAGAUAAGGGGGGUGAAAUUAACCUCAUCGAGUCUACAGAAGACGGUAUUCGGGAAGCACUCGAUGAUGGUAGGCUCGCGAUUAACUUCACCGUCAUGAAGUGUGUUGGAUACCGUACGGAAUGGUUUGAGCAGUUCUUGCAUUACCAGGCGCAUCCGAAAGCCUCAACAUCAUAUAAAAGGAAGAAGAAAGUGAGCUCGGGAGCUAAGAAACCCUCUGCAAAGAGGGUGAAGGGAAGCGAGCACCGGAAGGAGAUGUCAUCUGAAAGUGUCAGUGAUGAUGAAUUGGAACCUACUCCGCCUGGUAGUGACGAAGAUUAG